AAGUUAUUCGGAUUCCCUGUUGGCUUCCCUUCUCGACUUUUCUUGCCCAUAGGAACACAAUCCAACGUACACAAUCGAAAACGCAAGCCACUCCUCUCUCUCUCUCUCUCUCUCUCCCUCGCAAACAAAAGAAAAACUUCCAUCAUCCUCGAUAUUAUAAGGAUUGAAGUACUUAGGAUACUUUACACAAGACUGAGGAAGUGUUCGUGAAGAAGUAUUUACUAUAGUGUGCUGCCUUCUGAAGGAAAUUAUAUGGCGAUCAUCUCUUACCACACUCAAGCUGAGCUGCUUCUUAAGAACUAUAUGCUUUCGGAUUCACUCGUAGUGUAUAGUUCUGUUAUAUGUGGCAUUUUUGCAUGCAAAAUGGUCUAUAGUCUUAGCCAAAUGAUUACAGUUGCUUGUUUUAAGGGAUACCCCAACCUCUCAAAAGCCCAGCAAGUUGAGUGGAAUAACCGUUCAAUAUCUACAGUUCACGCCAUCUUUAUUACAGCAAUGGCACUUCACAUUGCAUUCUGGUCAGACUUAUUUUCUGAUCAUCUUUCCGGCCUUAUCACUUUCCGAAGUUCAACUUUGUCAACAUGUGUACUAGGAGUUUCUGUGGGCUACUUCAUUGCUGAUCUUGGGAUGAUGAUUUGGUUUUAUCCUACUUUAGGUGGAAUGGAGUAUGUUGUUCAUCACCUUCUUUCCAUGAUAGCUAUAACGUAUGCUAUGUUGACCGGUGAAGGGCAGCUUUAUACCUUCAUGGUUUUGGUUUCUGAGGCAACCACUCCCAGCGUCAAUUUGAGAUGGUACCUUGAUGUUGCUGGAAUGAAGAAAACCAAAGCGUAUGUUAUCAAUGGAGUAGUCAUGUUUUCAGCUUGGAUGGUUGCCAGAAUAUUGUUGUUUAUAUACAUGUUUUACCAUGUCUACAUACACUAUAACCAGGUGAAGGAGAUGCAUAGGAGCGCGGUCUUCUUGGUUUUGGUCGUGCCAUUGGUCCUAGCCAUCCUGAACCUGAUGUGGUUUGGGAAGAUUGUCAUGGGACUAAAGAAGACACUUGCAAAGAGGGACUAAGGGUCCUAUGAGCAACACAAAUCAGGUUACCUGUGCUGACAAAGAGGCACCAGCGCCCAGCGGUCCUAUUAGCAGUGCAGAUCAUAGUAUGUACGUUUUCGAGCAGGCACUAGAGGUCCUAUGACGCAUGCCGUUUCACCAUGUAUAUGGACACACAACCACCACAACUGCAGUGUACAUUUUACAACCCAUUUCUCUGUGAUGAAGAAUAGGCUGCCAGCCAAAUUUGUGUUGGAUAUACAGAUACAUGUUAUUAUAUAUAAUCUAAAUUCCGUGUAUAUAUCACAAACAAAUGACCACCUCACCUUUUUACUGUCAGUGAUUCUUUUGUUAGGUAUAGUUUUAUGUUGAUGACAUUGGUACCUGACAUAGGUGAUGAUCUCAAAUGUUGAUAUAUGUAGGCAAUGACAUCAUGGAUUUAACUGAGUAAAGUAAGCCAA